AUGUCACAGCGUCCAUCGAAGCGAAGGCGACUUUCUGAGGAACCUUCAGCCCUGGACCGUCAUACAGUCUCGUACUCACGUUCUGCGCCCGCUACACCCCGCCGCUCAUAUCAAUCACCAACUAAAGCCUCUUUACAGCGAGCGCAUCCACACCUUGUACGCUCGAACAAACCGUCACAGCCCUCGCAAGACCACCGGCGACUCCUAGAGCAUGUUCUUAGCGGCGCAACAGACCCUAAAGAUACCGAUUCCACGAACAACACUGCCCCUGCUGAUCAGUCCGAAGAUGCUGCUGCUGCGCUAAGCCCAGGGCACAUUUUGAAGGGAUGGGCUCGAAAUGCUGGCGGCGGAAGCCAACAACGAGGAUUAUCACUAUCACAUGAGCUACAAGAUGAGCACGACAGUGGCUAUGCGGGUGUGCCUCGUCUUGUCAAGAGUUCGCAAAGCAGGCGUCGGCAAUUCUCGUUGUCGUCGGACGAGGGUGAUUCAGCAUUGCCGCCAACCUCAGUACAACUAGGUCGAGACCCUCCACCUGAACGGCCAAAAGGUAUUUCGACUAGUAGCAGCCCUCGCGGUCCACGUUCGGGUGGUGGCCGACACAGCUCGCGACUCCGGAAUAGCGAGUCUGUUACAAGCAGUCCAUUGAAGCCAAAGUCAAGAAAUUCUCGCGCCUAUCAGAUGGCGAAAGGAGACGAAGCACGUGAGCUGGCUGACAAGGCACCUAAGAAUGCCCCUAAUGGAGACAACAACCACGACAAGGCAGAUGAUGAACAAGAUGUGCCAAACGAAAUCAAAGAAAAGGAAGACAUCCUAAAGGCCCUCAGAAAUCAACAGCAAACACUGCUGGCGAGCUCAAAAACCUUAGAGACGGCUGUGGACACGGAAAGUAUUGCCCAAGCUGUGGAAAGAGAUGCAAGCUUUAUCAAUCUAAUCAAAUCGGCCGGCAUGGCCUGUACGCUGCAAGAACCCUGUUUCGACUACAAACCAGCGAGAGUUCCUAUGGACCGCCAGUUGCUUCAUCUCAACCUGUUCGCACCUGGCGCUCUGGUCUUGUCCACAAAGACUUCAGUCCGCUUAGUCAGUGGACACACAAAAGUCUUUCACAGGGUCAAAGUCUCUGCACCGCCGCCUUGGCCUCCACAUACGUUCAGCGCCAUCUUUGAGAUUGUCACGGAUCCGGAGAAUAUCAUUGUGGAGAGAAUAUCCUACAUCGAUGACCGCCAGGCCGAAGGUGUGAGCAAUGAGCUGUAUCUGUGGAUUAAACAUCGACUCGCGCAUGAUCUGCUUCGGACAGAUCUGGCUGGUCUCAUUUGGGGCCUUGGGGAGUACUUCUCUGCUGCCGUCGACCGAGCGAAGGCCUUGUUAGCCGUACGGAGAGAGUAUGUUGAAGAUGCGGAUCAAGACGAUGAAGGCGGUAUUUCGACUGUCCAAACUCGUAAGCUUACAGGUCAUCAAGCUUUAGCCCUCUCGCAUCAUAUUACAGACACGUCAAUUACCAUCGAUCUUCCCAGUUCGGAGCCUGAGAGCAACAGUCAGCGCUCAACCCGUCAGACUGACAGAUUUUCGCCAAAAGUCCUCGCCAGCUGGCGAAUCGCAUUGACGCCUAUCAGCGAGGCCACGAGCAUGUUAGAAAUAAUACCUUCCGGUGUUCCAGACUCAACAGCUCAGGCAGCUACAAGUCUGUUUGCCAAGUUGGCCAAGGUGGACAAUUUCGAGACAGCCUUCACAGCUGUUUGGGGCAUCUUGACUGGGGAGCAAAGCACCAUCGCCGCGGCAGAGGCAGGCACGAACGCGAGCUCUCAAGCCGGCUCUCAGGCAGAGGGUAAGGGUCUAGGAAAGAGGAGGAAGAAGCGGAGGAAGAUCACUUGA